UAACAAAAGUUGUGGGAUUGCACAUGAGGCACUUUAAAUAAGUUUUCUCGCUCUUCUUUCCCUGUUUUAAAGAAGCCCUCCAUAGACUUUUAUUUUGACCAGCGUUUCUACAGUAGUUGGAAAAUAACUUAACCUUUUCAAAUUAAAUCAUUUGUGCUGAGAAUGAAUGAAAUACAAAAUAAGACUGAGUGAACAGAAACUGUAUUAUCUGAUUUAUUAUAACAAAAUGUGUCUCUCGAUGCAGCUGUAAAGGUUAGUGUGAGUAAUUUUCACUGUUUUAGUUUAUGGCCAUAUUUCUGCAGGUUUCAACAUUCUACUCUGCAGUAAUGUCUAACUUGAUGGUUACCGUUCAUAUUCACAUACAUUUCCGGCCUCGACUACAUUAACAUUUGUCUCCUAAGAACUCUCUUGGUUUCCCGUCCAUCAUCAGUCUUCACAAAGACUCCUCUAUUCUACAUUAUGCCCCUUUGUCUUUCCACCUGUAACCUGCCUCUGUGGGGUUAAGGUGUGGUUUAAGCAUUGCUCUGGGAACAGCAUAAUAAGUUCAACAGAGUGAUUCAAUUCAUCAGCACAAGGCUCACUCCCAGCUUUAGCAGCAGCCUGCCAGAAGCAUGAAGAAAGUUUACAGUCUGGUGAACAUAACUAAAGCCAAGGACGAGGAGGCAGUGCAGUCCAUCUGUAUCAAGCAAAUACAGUUGACUGACCAGAAAAAAGAAUUCCACCAACACCACCACACCAAGUCAACAAAUCGGAGCUCUCUGUCUGUUGAGAGCACCAGCUCAGUAGGGAGUGACAGCUCAGAGGAUGAACCAUCUCCAAAAAACAAAGUUCAGAAGACUUCCAAGGGCUUCUCUGACUUUUGCAUCAAAAAUAUCAAGCAUGCUGAUUUUGGACGCAAGGAGAUAGAAAUUGCCCAACAAGAAAUGCCAGCCCUGAUGGUCCUAAGGAAGAGGGCGGCUGUGGAGAAACCUCUGUCUGGAUCCAAAAUUGUGGGCUGCACACACAUCACAGCACAGACAGCGGUGUUGAUCGAGACUCUGUGUUCACUGGGUGCUCAGUGUCGCUGGGCAGCCUGUAACAUUUUCUCCACCCAGAACACCGUUGCUGCUGCUCUGGCUGAAGGAGGCGUCCCAGUGUUCGCUUGGAGAGGAGAAUCAGAAGAGGAUUUCUGGUGGUGUAUUGAUAAGUGUGUCAGGACUGACAGCUGGGAGCCCAACAUGAUUCUGGAUGAUGGAGGUGACAUGACCCACUGGAUUUCUAAGAAGUACCCAAGCCUGUUCAAGAGAAUCAAAGGGAUAGUGGAGGAAAGUGUGACCGGUGUCUAUCGCUUGUACCAGCUUUCAAAGGCCGGCAAACUGUGUGUCCCAGCCAUCAACGUCAACGACUCAGUGACCAAACAGAAGUUUGACAACCUGUACUGCUGCAGGGAGUCCGUCUUGGACGGGUUGAAGCAAACUACUGGUGUCAUGCUCGGGGGAAAACAGGUGGUGGUGUGUGGAUACGGUGAGGUCGGCAAGGGCUGCUGUGCUGCCCUCAGAGCGCUGGGCUCCAUUGUCUACGUGACAGAAAUAGAUCCCAUUUGUGCUCUUCAGGCCUGCAUGGAUGGCUUUAAAGUGAUGAAACUUGAUGAAAUUGUCAGAAACUUGGAUUUGGUCAUCACCUGCACAGGCAAUAAAGGUGUGGUUCUGAGGGAACAUCUGGACAGGAUGAAGAACGGCUGCAUUGUCUGCAACAUGGGGCACUCUAACACAGAGAUAGAUCUGUUGAGUUUACAGACUGCAGACCUGAAGUGGGAACAUUUGAGGCCUCAGGUGGAUCACAUCAUCUGGCCUGAUGGCAAGAGGAUCAUUCUAUUGGCUGAGGGUCGGUUGCUGAAUCUGAGCUGCUCCACAGUGCCAUCAUUUGUACUCUCCAUUACUGCAGUAGCUCAGGCUCUGGCUCUCAUUGAGUUGUACAACGCUCCAGAGGGACGGUACAAAAAGGACGUCUACCUGCUGCCGAAAAAGAUGGAUGAAUACGUGGCCAGCCUUCACUUGUCGUCAUUUGACGCUCACCUUACUGAACUUACUGAUGGCCAGGCCAAGUACCUGGGGAUCAGUAAAAGUGGGCCCUUUAAACCCAGCUACUACAGAUAUUAAAACCACGGGAAUCAGAGACAGAUGCCCUCGAACGUGAUAUGAUCUUAUCAGCUGAACUUCAACAUCAUGAAGAUUCAGCUUUUGUCCGUGGAUGUGCAUUUUUUGUCAGACUUCUUUUGGUUUAACGAUAAACAUUUUAAAAUGUGAUUUCUGUGUGUACUAAUAACACAAACAUAAAAGAUAUUGUUGUAUUAAAAAACACCAGCUGGACGAACUGAUAGAAUCCAAAACUAAUGUCUUAAUCACAAUAGCGCAAUUGAUUCAUGGACUUUUACUCAUUUUAGAAUGACGGUCACUGUGUAUCCACUGUCCAUCUACAUGUCCCUACGCAAAAUGCAGAAAGCUAAUUUUAUUUUGCCGAAACACCGUGAAAAUUUCAUCUCCCGUUUCUGGAGGCUUCAUCUUCACCUCACUGAGACUGAUUAUUCUUAUUGUUGAAGACAGCGGCUUCAUUCCUUGAUUUUCUAUUUCUCCAUUUCAUUAAAAGGAAAAAAAA